CUGAAAGGCUGUCCUCCUCUUCCCCAGAUUCCAGUCCCAGGCGAAGGGCUAUACCACAAUCAGAAAUUGGGGUUUUUCUUCCCAGGCCUUUGCCGCAGAGGCAUAGGAGGAGGCGCAAACACCCCUCUUCGUCCUCUUCGGGAUCCAGUGGGGCGAGAACACAAAAGAGACCCAAACAUCCGGGUCCUAUGGGGCCAGCUCGGCCACCUGUACCAACCUCGCCCCCUCCAUCGCAGCCCAUGGUCCCUGCGAAUGUGGCUACGAUUGUCCCACCUAGGGAACCUACCCCCCCAUUGACUAGGCAGUCCACCAUACCUUCAGAAUCGCAACCAUCAUCGGGGGAACCAUCACCACAGUUACCCGAUUCGGAAAAGGAAGAGGGUGAACUGUCUGAAGAGGAGGUAGCCCCCCCGAUUCCUAACAAUGCAAGAUUGUUUUCAUCAGCAGACUUUGAUGUAUUGCUCUCCAAGGCGAAACGCGCCAUCAAUGACGUUACUCCUCCGGAGCAGGAGGGCACUACCUCCACGUUGGACCAGCAGGUGUUUCCGUCAUCAGACCCGCCAGAGUUAUUCCUCCAAUCAAGCUCGAUCCAAUCCAUUCAGAGGCGCCAAUCGAUACUCAUGGAGACAACGAUUCAGGGGAAACUCGAGGCCCUUCGCCCACAAGUCUGCCAAUCAGAGUACCAACUACAAAAAACAAUGACGCCACUCCCGUAGGAGGAAGGCUGUCAGACUUCGUAACCACAUGGAUGUCCACAGCCACAGACGCAUGGGUGCUCGAAGUGGUUUCCGACGGCUACGAUAUCGAACUAUCUGCAAGUCCACAACGAAGAUUUAUUCCAACUCCAAAGUCAGCCGACCCGGACAAACAUCUACGGAUGCUGUAAGCGAUACAUCAUCUACUUCAGAUGAAGGCAAUAGAACCGGUCCCUCCUUCUCAGUUUUUUCAAGGCACUUACUCCAUCCUUUUUCUAGUGCCGAAGAAGGACGGGUCAUGGCGGGCCGUUUUGGAUUUGAAAUCGUUCAACCACUUUGUUCGAAAACGCAAGUUUCGGAUGGAGUCACUGCACACUAUCAAAGAGGCAGUGCAACCCGGGGACUUCCUUGCAGCGAUAGAUCUGUCAGAGGCUUAUCUGCAUAUCCCUAUAAGAGAUCACUCCCGCAGGUACCUCCGAUUCGCAUACGAUGGAAACCACUUCCAGUACCGGGCGCUCCCCUUCGGCCUGUCAUCUGCACCGAGGGUGUUCUCCAAAGUCAUGCUGUCGCUAGUGUCCCACCUGAGGCUCAGGGGGGUCCAUAUGCACCCUUACUUGGACGAUCUUCUUUUGAGAGCAAGGACCAGGGAACAGGCCACCCGGGACGUGGACAUCUCAUUGAAAGCACUAGAGGACCACGGAUUUGUGGUCAAUGUACAGAAAAGUCAUCUCAUACCGUGCCAGAAAUUAGUCCACUUGGGAGCACUAUUCGAUACAGCUGCGGCCACGAUCUCAUUGUCCCUGGAACGGAGGCAACGAAUCGAACACCAGCU